AUGGGAUUUCUUAUUAGUAAUCCAACUUCAAAUUACACAAAAACUUUUUGGUCUUGUUUUCGAAAAGCAUUAGAUGAUAACCAAAAAAAUAGAGAUGGAAAAUGUAGAAUUUUAUCAAUAAUAGCUAAUGAUUUUACUUAUAAAGAAUUAGAAAACAAUUUAGAUGUAGCAACACAUACUAUUGGUGAAUCAAGAAAACAUGCAAUGGUAAAUGGUUUUGGUUGUCCACCUCUUGUAAAACCUAUAUUUUAUCGUUUAAAAUUUACAAUGGAGCAAAUUAAUCAAUUCGAAUAUUUUUUUACAAGAAAAGAUGUUGUUAAUAUGAGUUCCCAUAAAAAUUAUUCACAAUCAGGUUUACCAAUAAUGUAUUUACAAGAUCAUAAGCAAGCACUUUGGGAAAAAUUUUCUGAAGAAUAUCCAAAUGGAAUUCAUCAUACAGCAUUUAUGACAUGUUUACAAGGAAGUAGAUAUGUUUUUCAAAAUAAUUUGGGUGGCCUUUGUUCAGAAUGCAAUGAAUGUGGUUAUGAAGUUUUUGCAUCUAUUGAUACUAUUAUUGGUACUCAUAUAGGAGAUGAAAGUUUGAAAAUAUCACAAGCAAUAAAACAAUAUGUAAAAUUAGGAAAUACAAUUGAAAAUGAUGAUGAUAUAGAAAUAGCUAUCAAUGAAAUUGUGGGAACAAAAUUUGCUAAUUUAUUACCAAAUCAAAACCAAGGAGAAGAUAUUAGUUUUAUAUAUGCUAGAAUUUUACCUGAAAUUGGAGAAUGGAAAAAAUGGUCAUCAACACAAAUUGAAAAAAUUCAGAAAGAAUGA